ACCGGGAGCAGGGAGUGGGACCAGGGAUGUGGUUGCAGUGCAGGCAACAGGCAGCGGUGCAGGACGACAGGCAUCCGGAUUGACACAUUGGUGGAGAGAAAACUCAGUGUGAUCAGAGGAGAUAGUGUUUCUCUGGUAGAAACUAAAGAUGGCGGGAAAGAUACCUAAAGAUGAGAUGGAGGAGCUCAGAGAGGCCUUCCAGAAAGUUGAUACUAACAGUAAUGGUUUUAUCUGUGACUUGGAGCUGACUGACCUGUUCAAAGAAGCUAACCUACCGUUGCCGGGAUACAAGGUCAGAGAGAUCAUUAAAAAACUGGACCGCAACAAAGACAACCAGAUCAGCUUCGACGAGUUCCUCUCGAUCGCCAAGGAGCUGAAGGGUGAUGACAUAGCUAAGAGCUUCCGGAAGGCCAUCAACAGGAAGGAGGGGAUUCUGGCUAUAGGAGGAACCAGUGAGCUGUCCAGUGAAGGAACACAACACUCAUUCUCAGAGGAGGAGCGUUAUGCGUUUGUUAACUGGAUCAAUGCAGCGCUGGAGAAGGACCCUGACUGUAAACACGUCCUCCCUAUGAACCCCAACACCCCCAACAGUUUGUUCACUGCUGUAGGAGACGGCAUCAUCCUCUGUAAAAUGAUCAACCUGUCAGUCCCAGACACCAUUGAUGAGAGGACAAUCAAUAAGAAGAAGCUCACUCCCUUCACCAUACAGGAGAAUCUCAACCUGGCUCUGAAUUCUGCCUCUGCUAUUGGUUGUCAUGUAGUGAACAUCGGAGCUCUGGAUCUGAGAGAGGGGAAACCACAUCUGGUACUGGGCCUGCUGUGGCAAAUCAUCAAGAUAGGCCUGUUCGCUGAUAUAGAACUCAGUAGGAACGAAGCCCUAGCUGCAUUGCUGCGUGAGGGAGAGAGUCUGGAGGAUUUGAUGAAGCUGUCUCCUGAGGAGCUUCUGCUCCGCUGGGCUAACUUUCACCUAGAGAAUGCUGGCUUCAGCAAGAUCAACAACCUCUCCUCUGACAUCAAGGACUCUAGGGCUUACUAUCACCUGCUGAACAUGAUCGCUCCCGACGGCAGCAAAGAGAACGAGCAACGCAUUGAGAUCAACAUGUCUGGAUACAAUGAGAAAGAUGACCUGCGUAGGGCAGAGAGUAUGCUGGUUCAGGCUGACAGGUUGGGCUGUAGACAGUUUGUGACCCCCACUGAUGUGGUCUGUGGGAACCCCAAACUCAACCUGGCCUUCGUUGCCAACCUGUUUAAUAAAUACCCAUCACUCACCAAGCCUGAGGGGCAGGACCUGGACUGGGCCAAACUGGAGGGUGAGACGAGAGAGGAGAGAACCUUCAGGAACUGGAUGAAUUCUCUGGGAGUCAACCCUCAUGUUAACCAUAUAUACGGUGAUCUGUUAGAUGCGCUGGUCAUCCUCCAGCUGUAUGAGAGGAUUAAGGUUGCAGUGGACUGGGACCACAAAGUCAACCGCCCUCCCUACCCCAAGCUAGGGGCCAACAUGAAGAAGCUGGAGAACUGUAACUACGCAGUGGACCUUGGGAAGGCCAAGGCAGGGUUCUCUCUGGUCGGCAUCGGAGGACAGGACCUUAACGACGGAAACCCCACCCUCACCCUGGCUCUAGUCUGGCAACUGAUGAGGAGAUACACUCUGAAUGUUCUGGAGGACCUUGGACAUGGAGAGGCUGCUAAUGAUGACCUCAUCAUCAACUGGGUCAACAGAACCCUGACUGGAGCCGGGAAGAACUCUAAGAUCUCCAGCUUCAAGGAUCGUGGUAUCAGCAGUAGUCUUCCUGUCCUGGACCUGAUUGACUCCAUCCAGCCACGCAGCGUGAACUAUGACCUUGUCAAGACUGGAACGCUCUCCGACGUCGACAGAUUGGACAAUGCCAAGUACGCUGUGUCCAUGGCAAGGAAGAUCGGAGCCCGUGUGUACGCCCUACCAGAGGACCUGGUGGAGGUGAAACCUAAGAUGGUGAUGACUGUGUUCGCCUGCCUCAUGGGACGGGGUAUGAAGAGGGAAUAGCACUUCAGCCACACCGUCAGCCUGUGCCUCAGCCUCUAGCCUGUUUGCUAAAAGGCUUCUGGUUUAAACAAUGAAAACAGCCAUAUUAUAUUAGAUAAAUAUUGAUUGAAUGACAGUGGCCAUAUUGCUCCACAGCUGAUUUGAUGACUCUGUAUAUCUGCCUUUAACUUAAGACACUGUGUCACACUGUAUGUGAUGCUGUAGCUUUUCGUUGACCUCUGUGGUGAACAUUAGACUGGACUAUGGCUGUUAAAGGUCAUGUGGGGAAUGACUGGAAUCGCUCUCACAACAGUUCUUAGUUGAGAGAUUGGACUCGAAGGUUCUGUAGGAUUAGAGAAAGAGAGAGACAGAGAGAGAUAGAGAUUGGGAGAGAGAGAGAUAUAUAUAGACAGAGAGAGAUAGAGAUUGGGAGAGAGAGAGAUAUAUAUAGACAGAGAGAGAUAGAGAUUGAGAGAGAGAGAGAAAGACAGAGAGAUAGAUAGAGAGAGUGUGUUGCUUUGAUUCAAAGAUUUUUCAUCGAAUGGCCUUAAGGUUCAGUCGUAAACGGGUCCCUAUGUCCCUAGUUUAGAUUAUUGACCAAAUUACACAAAACAUACCUACACAAUAGAGUAUUCCAUGUUAUUAGUAUGUUUGACUGGUAUAUAUGGCAUUCCAUGUUAUUAGUAUGUUUGACUGGUAUAUAUGGCAUUCCAUGUUAUUAGUAUGUUUGACUGGUAUAUAUGGCAUCCCAUGUUAUUAGUAUGUUUGACUGGUAUAUAUGGCAUUCCAUGUUAUUAGUAUGUUUGACUGGUAUAUAUGGCAUCCCAUGUUAUUAGUAUGUUUUACUGGUAUAUAUGGCAUUCCAUGUUAUUAGUAUGUUUGACUGGUAUAUAUGGCAUCCCAUGGUAUUAGUAUGUUUUACUGGUAUAUAUGGCAUUCCAUGUUAUUAGUAUGUUUUACUGGUAUAUAUGGCAUCCCAUGGUAUUAGUAUGUUUUACUGGUAUAUAUGGCAUUCCAUGUUAUUAGUAUGUUUUACUGGUAUAUAUGGCAUUCCAUGUUAUUAGUAUGUUUGACUGGUAUAUAUGGCAUUCCAUGUUAUUAGUAUGUUUGACUGGUAUAUAUGGCAUUCCAUGUUAUUAGUAUGUUUGACUGGUAUAUAUGGCAUCCCGUGUUAUUAGUAUGUUUGACUGGUAUAUAUGGCAUCCCAUGGUAUUAGUAUGUUUUACUGGUAUAUAUGGCAUUCCAUGUUAUUAGUAUAUUUGACUGGUAUAUAUGGCAUUCCAUGUUAUUAGUAUGUUUUACUGGUAUAUAUGGCAUUCCAUGUUAUUAGUAUGUUUGACUGGUAUAUAUGGCAUUCCAUGUUAUUAGUAUGUUUUACUGGUAUAUAUGGCAUUCCAUGUUAUUAGUAUGUUUGACUGGUAUAUAUGGCAUUCCAUGUUAUUAGUAUGUUUGACUGGUAUAUUUGGCAUCCCAUGGUAUUAGUAUGUUAUUAGUAUGUUUUACUGGUAUAUAUGUUAUUAGUAUGUUUGACUGGUAUAUAUGGUAUCCCAUGUUAUUAGUAUGUUAUUAGUAUGUUUUACUGGUAUAUAUGGCAUCCCAUUUAUUAGUAUGUUAUUAGUAUGUUUUACUGGUAUAUAUGGCAUCCCAUUUAUUAGUAUGUUUUACUGGUAUAUAUGGCAUCCCAUUUAUUAGUAUGUUAUUAGUAUGUUUUACUGGUAUAUAUGGCAUUCCAUGUUAUUAGUAUGUUUUACUGGUAUAUAUGGCAUUCCAUGUUAUUAGUAUGUUUUACUGGUAUAUAUGGCAUCCCAUGUUAUUAGUAUGUUUUACUGGUAUAUAUGGCAUCCCAUGUUAUUAGUAUGUUUGACUGGUAUAUAUGGCAUCCCAUGUUAUUAGUAUGUUUGACUGGUAUAUAUGGCAUCCCAUGGUAUUAGUAUGUUUGACUGGUAUAUAUGGCAUCCCAUGUUAUUAGUAUGUUUGACUGGUAUAUAUGGCAUCCCAUGUUAUUAGUAUGUUUGACUGGUAUAUAUGGCAUUCCAUGUUAUUAGUAUGUUUUACUGGUAUAUAUGGCAUCCCAUGUUAUUAGUAUGUUUGACUGGUAUAUAUGGCAUCCCAUGUUAUUAGUAUGUUUGACUGGUAUAUAUGGCCAUGCCUUUAACAGAAAAGUAGCCAAUCAACUAUGCAUAAACAAUCUUUUUUGUUGUUGAAAUAAUGUAGUCAUUGAAAAGCAAAGCUUUAAAUGUCCCUGACCAGUUAGUGUUGUGUAAUGGAACCUGUUAAAACAACACUAUCGUUGCUGUGGUGAGGAAGGAUUUGGGGAGAGAAACUGGAAGCCUGUCUGUGUUACAGAGUCCUGUCUAUACAGAUGCCAUGCUGAUUCUGAUUAAAUACAACUCUUCAUGAUA